AUGGAGCUUUAUGAGACAUCCCCCUAUUUCUACCAGGAGCCCCACUUCUAUGAUGGGGAAAACUACCUGCCUGUCCACCUCCAGGGCUUCGAGCCCCCAGGCUAUGAGAGAACUGAGCUUAGCUUGAGUCCGGAAGCCCGAGGGCCCCUGGAAGAAAAGGGACUGGGGACCCCUGAGCACUGUCCAGGCCAGUGCCUGCCGUGGGCGUGUAAGGUGUGUAAGAGGAAGUCGGUGUCUGUGGACCGGCGGAGGGCAGCCACACUGAGAGAGAAGCGCAGGCUCAAGAAAGUGAACGAGGCCUUCGAGGCCCUGAAGAGGAGCACCCUGCUCAACCCCAACCAGCGACUGCCUAAGGUGGAAAUCCUGCGCAGUGCCAUCCAGUACAUUGAGCGCCUACAGGCCUUGCUCAGCUCCCUCAACCAGGAGGAGAGAGAUCUCCGCUACCGAGGCGGGGGCGGGCCCCAGCCCGUGGUGCCCAGUGAAUGCAACUCCCACAGCGCCUCCUGCAGUCCAGAGUGGGGCAGUGCACUGGAGUUCGGUCACAACCCUGGAGAUCACCUGCUUGCAGCUGACCCUCCAGAUGCCCACAGCCUGCACUCCCUCACCUCCAUCGUGGACAGCAUCACAGUGGAGGAUAUGUCUGUUGCCUUCUCAGAUGAAACUCUUCCCAACUGA